AUGUUUACGACUUACGUUUCUUUUUUACUGUACUCUUUCCUGGGAACCGUUGACGACUCGGAAGAGCAUAAGUUCAUUCCUCUAUUUCUUAAGUCAAGCUCACGUCGGUAUCUCGCAAGAUUGCUGAAGAUGAACGUCAAGACCUACGUUUUUCUUUGUGUUGCCGCGGUGUUCGCCACGCUAAGUAGCGCGCAGCCGUUCUGCACGGCGAAAGGAUGCGCACUGAACAUAUAUUCACCUGCUAAUAUCGAGACCAGUGAGUGCUGCCGUAAACAACCGGGCAGCUUCGACUCUUGCUGCUCGAAGAGUUGCAACGAAGGGUUCCCUUGUAAGUGA